AAACUCCAAAAAAGUUCCAGCAGACUAAACGACAGUCAAAACUCAUUUUAACCAUAGAAUGCGUUCGCCUAAAGAGUAUCAACUGGUUGCAUUUUGUGACAGUGCUAAAAUUGCGUACAGAUUCCCAUAGUCAGCAUAAAUAUUAAUAGAAACAGCCAGUGCAUGUGUGGGGUGUCCUUGCGGAUCGAACUCCACCGCCACAUCGUAUGGCCACAGAGAGGAGAGCGGGCGCCGAGCUGCUGGGCCUGCAACCGCCACCACGAGAUGAUGGGAACAAGGAGCUGUUCCCGGCGCCGCCAGACACUGUCCAGCGCCGUGGGGCAGGCGAACUAAGCUACAACGAGUUCUACUGGCAAUACAUGCACCACAAUUGGCCCGUCAUCAUCACGGAUGUGUCCUCCAACUGGCAGUGCCAGCAGUGGACCAGCAGCAACGGGGACGACAAUGCCAAUGCAAAUGACACGACGAACACUGCUCACAUCAAUUUUGACUACCUCAGGGGACGCAUUGGCAACUGUCCAGUGCCGGUGGCCGACUGCAAUGCCACCUACUUCAACAGCCAUGCCAAAGUGGAGCUGAAUUUUCACGAUUACCUGAGCCGCUGGCAGGGCCGCAUCGAGAGUGCGGGCGAGGCGGAGGUGAACAGCAAUGUGGCAAGGAAGACGAAUGAUAAUCUCUACCUCAAGGACUGGCAUCUGGCUGCCCAAAUGCCCAGCUAUGAUUUCUACAAGGUGCCUAAGUACUUUGCCUCCGACUGGCUGAACGAACAGUUGAUGGAACAGAAGCGAGACGAUUAUCGAUUCGUUUACAUGGGACCCAGGGACUCGUGGACCUCCUAUCAUUCGGAUGUCUUUGGUUCGUUCAGUUGGUCCACGAAUAUUGUGGGCCACAAGAAGUGGCUGAUUAUGCCGCCCGGCGAGGAGCUCAAGCUAAGCGACCGCCUUGGAAAUCUGCCAUUCAGCAUCAACGAGCAGUUGCUGGAUGAGCACAAAGUGCACUACUUCACCAUCAAUCAGAAGGCCAAUGAGGCGGUCUUUGUGCCCAGCGGCUGGUACCACCAGGUGUGGAACCUCACCGACACCAUAUCGAUCAAUCACAACUGGUUCAAUGCCUGCAACGUGCCUCUGGUCUGGCGCAAUCUGCUCAACAACCUGAAGGCCGUACGCAGGGAGAUCUCCGAUUGCCAGCAAAUGGAUAACUUUGAGGCCCACUGCCAGACCAUGCUGCGGGCCAGCUUCGGCAUCAACUACCUCGAUUUUAUAGAACUUUUAGAGUUCAUAUCCGCACGUCGAUUGGCCGCACUCGCAGAUAGUUCAACGACCACCAAAUUUUUACUUUUUGAUACCUAUAAAAUGUGCGAUUUCCAUGUGAAAUGCGAUCUCGAGUGCUUGCGCAAGCUGCUGACUCUGAUGCUGCAGGAUGCCAGCGUACAGCAGAGUCCUGCUCAAUUGUUGGAACGCUGCCAGCGUUUGCUCAGCCAAAUCCUCGUCUAGUCGUAUAAAGCCUUGGCAGGGCGUAUUUUUUUAUACCAAAGUUGUAUGCGUAUACAAAAGAUAGUCGUAAAU